AUGCAGAAAAGGGAUAUGACGGAAGUAGAUAAUAAGAUUUUGGAUGAAGCUGACACUGGGAACAAGAAUGAUAGUUCUCUAGUGAAGAUAAAAGUGUUGUUUUUUGCCAGAGCCCGUGAUCUCACUGGCUUAAGUGAGAUGUCUUUGGAGGUGUCAUCUGGAAGUACUACUGAUGAUUGUUUGAAAAAGCUUUUUGUCAAGUUUCCGGGUUUGGAAGAAAUAAGAGGGUGCAUGGUUUUGGCUCUGAAUGAGGAGUAUACAACCGAGUCAGCCAUUGUUAAAGACACAGAUGAGUUGGCCAUAAUACCUCCAAUAAGUGGUGGCUGA